AUGAGCGACCUAGAGGCGAAGAAAAAGUGUAUCAAGACCCCCAUCACUAUGUGCGACCUUGAGGCGAAGAAAAAGUGUAUCAAGACCCCCAUCACUAUGUGCGACCUUGAGGCGAAGAAAAAGUGUAUCAAGACCCCCAUCACUAUGUGCGACCUUGAGGCGAAGAAAAAGUGUAUCAAGACCCCCAUCACUAGGAGCGACCUUGAGGCGAAGAAAAAGUGUAUCAAGACCCCCAUCACUAGGAGCGACCUUGAGGCGAAGAAAAAGUGUAUCAAGACCCCCAUCACUAUGUGCGACCUUGAGGCGAAGAAAAAGUGUAUCAAGACCCCCAUCACUAUGAGCGACCUUGAGGCGAAGAAAAAGUGUAUCAAGACCCCCAUCACUAUGAGCGACCUUGAGACGAAGAAAAAGUGUAUCAAGACCCCCAUCACUAUGAGCGACCUUGAGGCGAAGAAAAAGUGUAUCAAGACCCCAAUCACUAUGAGCGACUUAGAGGCGAAGAAAAAGUGUAUCAAGACCCCCAUCACUAUGAGCGACCUUGAGGCGAAGAAAAAUUGUAUCAAGACCCCAAUCACUAUGAGCGACUUAGAGGCGAAGAAAAAGUGUAUCAAGACCCCAAUCACUAUGAGCAACCUAGAGGCGAAGAAAAAGUGUAUCAAGACCCCCAUCACUGACCUAGAGGCAAAGAAAAAGUGUAUCAAGACCCCCAUCACUAUGAGCGACCUAGAGGCGAAGAAAAAGUUGCGAGCAAUAAGAUUCGGGUGCAAAAGUACCACCUUGGCUAUUAAGGCUGCCGAUUAUGACGAGGGGAACUGGGAAAGCAGCAAAGACAACGUCGAGGAUGAAUCUAUGGAACUGGACAAGGACAAAUCAGAUUUUAAAUUGUAA